CGACCACCACUUCCCCCGCCAGUAUUCACCGCCAACCGCCUCUCUGUCCUACUCAUCCCCGCCGCAUUUGCCCUUACAUACGCCCAUGGACCUUCUCCUCUUAGAGAAGACCCUCCUGGGUCUUUUCAUUGCCACCGUCCUCGCCAUCACCAUCUCUAAACUGCGCGGGAAACGCUUCAAGCUACCCCCGGGUCCCCUACCCGUACCCGUAUUCGGAAAUUGGCUCCAAGUCGGCGACGACCUGAACCACCGGAACUUGUCGGACCUCGCCAAGAAAUUCGGCCAGAUAUUCCUUCUCCGCAUGGGCCAGCGUAACCUUGUGGUGGUCUCCUCGCCGGAUCUCGCGAAGGAGGUGCUCCAUACACAGGGGGUCGAAUUCGGGUCCCGAACCCGGAACGUCGUGUUCGAUAUCUUCACCGGGAAGGGCCAGGACAUGGUGUUCACCGUGUACGGCGAGCACUGGAGGAAGAUGCGGCGGAUCAUGACGGUGCCGUUCUUUACCAACAAGGUGGUGCAGCAGUACCGGUUCGGGUGGGAGGAGGAGGCAGCGCAGGUGGUGGAGGACGUGAGGAAGAAUCCGGAGGCGGCGGCCGGCGGGAUCGUGCUAAGGCGGCGGCUGCAGCUGAUGAUGUACAACAACAUGUACAGGAUCAUGUUCGAUCGGCGGUUCGAGAGCGAGGAGGACCCGUUGUUCGGGAAGCUGAAGGCACUGAAUGGGGAGAGGAGUAGGCUGGCGCAGAGCUUCGACUACAACUAUGGUGAUUUCAUUCCCAUUCUGAGGCCGUUUCUGAGAGGGUACUUGAAAAUCUGCAAAGAAGUUAAGGAGACGAGGUUGAAGAUCUUCAAGGACUACUUCGUCGACGAAAGGAAGAAACUCCCAAGCACGAAGAGCAUGAACAAUGACAGCCUGAAAUGUGCAAUCGAUCAUAUUCUGGAUGCUCAGCAGAAGGGAGAGAUCAAUGAAGACAAUGUUCUUUACAUUGUUGAGAACAUUAACGUCGCCGCCAUCGAAACCACACUGUGGUCCAUAGAAUGGGGUAUAGCAGAACUGGUCAACCACCCGGAGAUUCAGACCAAACUCCGGCGAGAGCUCGACACGGUGCUCGGCCCCGGCGUCCAAAUCACCGAGCCCGACACCCACCGCCUCCCCUACCUCCAAGCCGUCAUCAAAGAGACUCUCCGCCUCCGCAUGGCGAUCCCCCUCCUCGUCCCCCACAUGAACCUCCACGACGCCAAGCUCGGCGGCUACGACAUCCCCGCCGAGAGCAAGAUCCUCGUCAACGCCUGGUGGCUCGCCAACAACCCCGAUCAAUGGAAGAAGCCGGAGGAGUUCCGGCCCGAGAGGUUUCUGGAGGAGGAGGCCAAGGUCGAAGCCAACGGCAAUGACUUCCGGUACCUUCCGUUCGGCGUCGGCCGCCGGAGCUGUCCUGGGAUUAUUCUGGCGCUGCCGAUUCUGGGCAUCACUCUGGGGCGUCUGGUCCAGAAUUUCGAGCUGUUGCCUCCGCCGGGGCAGUCGAAGAUUGAUACUACGGAGAAAGGCGGGCAGUUCAGCUUGCACAUCCUGAAGCAUUCCACCAUCGUGCUGAAACCAAGAUCGUUUUAAUUUCGAUUUCCAAAUUUCUUCUUUUUGGAUUUCCAAAGUAAUUUCGGUUGAUGUGAUUGUAAAUCUGUGGACCUUACAUGCUGCAUCUGCAAGGAUGGAUGAUUCAUGAGUUUGAAAUAA